AUGUCGUAUUCUCCCGCUACCCUAGCAGACAUUGAUCCAUCUUGCUCUGCCGGCUCCGCCAUAUGGAUGUCCCAGACUUGGCUGCUUUAUUUUGGUAUCCGAGAGUCACACAUCCCAGGCAGGGUGUUGCGCCAGUUCGGCUUCUUGCAGCGGGUGCCUGACAACACUUUCAUCAUGGAGAAAAAAGAAAUAGAAAAGUUUCAUAAGGAGACGCGUGCUAAGAAAUGUCGAGAUGACGUCUUACAGAGAUGGGAGACUCGACACAACACCCUUGCAGGUCUUCAGGCCGAUAUGACUCUUGAACCCCAGGCAGCACCGGAAUACCUAGUGUGGUAUCAAAAUCGCACUGUCACUUUGGUCACCAAUCCAUCAGACUAUCGUCAGCCCCAGGGUUUUCAAGGAUCUACUGAGUCACUACAUAUAAUGGCCAAUUUGGUGCAAAACAUGCGGCAGAUUACUCUAGAUGGGCUACAACGUAAUCCAGCUAAUUCUUGGAAUCACAAUGCCUUCCUACAGCUGCACGAUUUGACACAGCAAGCAAUGACUGUCAGCAAGACAUCUGUUUGGGCUGAUAGUGAGAAUCCAAGCCAAGAUUUUGUUCCGGCUGACCCAACCCAGGAGUAUAUCCCACCUAGGCUUCCCAGGACUAACCGAGGCGGGUUCCAGUUAGGGAGUGGGAGGAUGAGAAAACAUGUGGCCACCCAGGAUACUGGCGGGCCAUCUUCUACCCCGCAUGUGUUUCCUUACCGUCCAGCAUCGCCACACCACCAUCCCUCUCCUCCUUUUGAGCAAAUGCAUUUUGAUUCAGAUUUUAUUAAUCUAGAUCCUAAUGCGGGGGGUUUCUUUGAGACUAGUUACGAGGGUGGUCAUCACAGUCAGCAUCUAGGCGGUGACCAUAUCCAUAAUGAUCAGGAGGAUGAUCAGGAUCAGGAGGAUAAUCGGGAUCAGGAGCAUGAUGAUGAGAUUACCAAUGAUUCUAAUGAUGCUGAGCAUUCCUCUCAUGUUCAUGAUGAGGGGGCUGGUCAAGGUGAGGGCUCAAGCCAGUGCCUGAGACAGGGCCCCAGUGAUGGUACCAUGCCUUUUACACCGCUUGCUUUGGGUCGCCAAAAGAUCAUUGUUAGAAGGAAGUGUGGUUUUACCAAGUUUAGCAGGACUGAUUAUGUUAGAUGGAAGCAAGAAAACAUGAUUGUUCCUGAUGGUGUCAAUGACAAGUUUCUUGGCUGCCAUGCACCAUUGGCUAACCGUCAACCUGGAAGAGCCUUCUUGGAAGCAACCUCUUAA